UUGGCGUUUUGUCACGUUGUAUGACGUAGGUACAAUCACGCGUGUCUGCCCAGAGAAAGUGCGAGUUCCGGAAUAGUUUUGCUUUUGGAAAGUGAAGUCAGGCACCUGGUUAACUUUAAGCUAGUGCAAAAUCAUGGGGGUUAUGACACAGAGUAAAAACACGAUACGACUGGCAAGGAGGUGGUCCGAAGGUUGCGCAAUAACCGCGAAGAUGCCUACCACUAAACUUCUCGACAGGUUCAAUAAGAUAGGACAGAGUAAAAACACAAGAAAGAUAAAAAUGCUGAUGAUGGGAAACAUGAUACUGGCUCUGAGCGUCAUAGCUCUAACAUGCUUCCUGCUCAAAGAUAGAGGCAAGGAGAUAGUGACAACUCUUGGAAAAGAGAUAGUGACAACCCUGCUGACGACACAGUUUAAAGACAACAGAUCAAAACUCCACUUCUACUCACAGAACGCCUCGGUAGACCUGGACUCCCUCUGCACGAACAUAGAGACUCACACUACUGUGAAUAUAGAGGUCUGGAAACACACAGUUUCAGCAGGAAAGGCCCAAUAUCUUCUCCCGAGUGAUAUGGACAUAGCUUAUCACGCUGUUAUGGUGUACGAGACUCAGGACCCUAUGGGAGUGAGACACUACUGGUCUCAGGAGAAACAGAGAACCGAACUAGUGUUCCAACACAGUACUAAUAAAGACGACGUAGUUAAGAAGAUGAACGGAAGAAAGAGAAUAGGAGAGGGAGCCUGGCAAACUGACCCGAAGCUGCUGCUCAGGGACUUUUCUGCUGUGGGAAUAGUGCCGAAGUAUUUUAUUUUGUCCGAACGGGAGACAAAUAGCAGAGAAGCACUCCAGUUACCAUCCUUUUUACAGUAACUGUAAACACUUCGUACAAGAUAUGUACACACUCAUGACUGAUAAGGAUAUACAGAUAACGAGCUGGCUGGAAACUAAACCAGAGAGAGCGGUGAAUAUAUAAGACAGAGAUAGACUUGUAUUGUAAAUAAUGUUACGUUUAUUUAUUCAGACAGGACAGAUAGGACAGAGAUAGGCUGGAAAUCGUGAUACGUUUAUUUAUUAAUUUAUUCUUAAAUAUUGAAAUUGUUUAACAAUUCACUGAUAUUUUGUGCACAAUUAGUUAAUUCGUUUGAAUUUUUUAUCUACUGUAUUGAGGUUGUUCGACCUUUAGAAGUACACUUUAAUACGUAGUAAAAACGUAAUAAAUCAGCAUCAUGAUCAAUUUAUGACGUCCAUGAUAGAAUGAAUAAUUCUGAUUUCUGAUGAAUAUUAAUUCACCCUACCAGAAGACAUACUUAACAUGACCGUACCCGGUAUAUAACAAACAGUUUAAAGAUCAUUGUACAGAAG